AGCAAAAACAUCAACAGCAAAAACAUCAGCAGCAAAAACAUCAACAACAAAAACACCAGCAAGAGCAACAAGGAGAAGAAAGUUCCUGCGUCAAAGAGGGAACGAGAGGAAGUGGAAGACCCCAAAAGUAGGAAGAGGCCGAGGAAGGAGAACAUAGCGGAGAGAGGCAUUGAGGACGAGGAAUUUCAAAAGUUUUUGGAAACGUCAAAGGAGGCCAUGGCAUCCAGCAGGAGAUUCAGCCGAGUGAUCAUCGUCGGAGAUUCACGGAUUGAGCUUUUGGACAAACUCUGGGUUUUGGAGGAUAAGCACAUGAAGGUGGACAUUGUAAGUCGUCCGUUCCUGUGUUUAAAUGAGCUCCAGAAACUCAUUGAGGACCUCAUCAGCCUGGCACCCCAGCAGGAGACAUUGAUCCUGUGCAGCUUAGGCAUCUACGAGAUCAUUGAUUUUGAGGAUUACAAGCCUUGCAAGGAGGCCGGAGGGCACGAGGCUGUCAAGAACAUAACGAUGAAGAUAAAACUAUAUGAGGUUGAUGAAGUCUGUAAAGCCCAUAACAAUUUGCUCAAGCAGAUGAAGUUGGUGAAGAAAGCACUUGAGUCAUCGUCGGGAAAUGUCCGCGUCACGUUCACAUCCAUCCUACCUGUCAGCCUGGGGUCAUUCCGGGAGGUGCAGGUGAAAGCACACAAGUCGAAUGGCCAGCAUGAAUUGGACAGUGAGUACAUGGCCAACAGUGAGGUGCAAAGCAUGGAUAUCUGCCAGUUCCUGUUCUCUUUCAAUCGACUCAUCUUGAAUGGAGUCAACGUAGAUUACACAAAGCAAAAGAUCGAAUGGAACCUCCUCAAGUCCCAAAUAUUUCCCAACCCUACCACGAUCGAGAAGCACCUUGGAGAUGGCUUGAACCCGUCAGUGGAAGCCGUAAAAGCAUUGAUGGUUCCACACCUAAGGGACAUCAUUUUGAAACACUCCCAGGCACGAUAUCACAAGAUUGUGCUGUUACAGGACUGGAGGAUAAAUGACUUGGAGAAGUGGACCAGUGACUUUACGUACUUGAAUUUCAAAGUGAUGGCCAAAGAGGAAGGAAGUAUCAAGCUCUCUUGUCCUGAAUCUUUGCCAGAGCUCCCAGUGUUCAAACAGUCGUUGAUUGUGAUAAGCUUUGGGCUAUACGAUCUAGUUAAGCUCACGGGAAAUCCUGAAGCGAAGGUAGAGUUUCUAUUCAAGGGAAGGUCAACAGAAGAAGUAAGCAAAGAAAUGCUGGAUAACAUGAGAAAUUUUAAAGAUCAAUUGAAGAAACAUUAUGAAGGCUGUGAUGUUGUCUUUGCUACUAUAUGCCAUGUAGAUUUGUUAUCAUAUUUGGAAGAAAACUCAGAACCUAGCAAAGAGGGCAAGUCACAGGAAAGUAUCUCUGGUUCUUCAGAAGAACUAAGUAAGCUCAGAGACGUUAUUAAUGAGGUAAACAAAGCAAUACGUGUAGAAUCUCAAGCUAAGAAGCUGCCACUGUGGGACUUCUGUAACAUAGUCUGUGGCAGCUCAGAGGACGAAGUCUCAAAGCCUCCCAAGCGCAUUCCAAAGUCAAUUCUCUAUGAUGGAGUUCACCUAACCAGGAACUCGGUUUUACGGAUAAUGGAAGCUUGUUUGGCAUAUUCCACUGUCUUGAGUAUCCAAAACAUUGACAGCCAAAAAGCAAAAAAAGCUGGGGUGCCUCCCACUCGUUCUCAGUCUCCACUGUUUCAGAAAGGAGACAAGAGAUCUGGGUUCCACAGACAAGUCAGCCCAGAGAGCAAAAGAGAAACCAGACGAGAGGAUGAGGAUAGGUCUUUCAGGUUCAGAAGUAACAACAGCAGCGGCAGGAGGCCAUUCACUGAGGACAAGAGCAUGAGCCCUUUUCAUGAGCAUGUUGGGGUGAGAGCUGCUGCACGACAGUUCAGGCGGUCAGUGAUGGGCAUUUUGGAGAUGAAGGACUCUUACAGGUCAAGAGGUAGCAGGGAUAGGAGUCCUAGCCCCAUCGGUGACCCUAGUCGUUACAGACCACGCUCAGGACACACACACAGUUAUGCCCACACAAGAUUUGGAGAGAGGGAUAGGCGUAGCCCUGAGAUAAGUAGCAGUUUCAGUCGUCGUCCAGCUUCUCCAAGAAGGGAUGGUUGGAGACCCAGUUUCAGCCAGUUUCCUUUAAACAGGGAUCGAAGCAGGGGUGGACGGAGAAGGAGCACCACCCCCCCGGAGCAGUGGGCCCAGAGGAGCGAGGAGAGAAGCCACAGUCCACACCGGAGGCGUAGGAGCCCAGUCGCAGACCAGAGAGACACCAGGACACACAAGUCCCAUUGGAAUCACAGGAGCAGAGAGGGUUUUAGUCCAGAGGCAAGGAACUAUCCAGCGAACAGGUCUUCCAAAUCAAGUCAUUAUCCAGCUGAUGAGCGACAGAACUCCAGGAGCUCAAGAAGCCCUUUCACCUCUAAAAGCUCCGGAAGAAGCCAAAGGCCUCAUCCCCCCAACGCUCCUUGAGUCCGGAGGAGAAGGAUCCAAUGGCUAGAGAUGCAGUCAAGUCACUCUACCAGAUCCACACGCGCGAGUGCGAUAUGUACAGGCAGCAGCCCCAGGCGCACCCGGACUAUGGAAAGGAGUAUAGGGCUUUCUACGAACGGAAAGCCCAUCA